UUUCUUUCUUUCUUUCUAUCUAUUAUGAAGAGUAGCUUUUUUUUUUAAAAAAAAAAAAUCGGACUGAUAGACCUGAACACCCUUGAUGUAAUACACCUUAAUUCCCUACUCUUUUUUUUUUCCUUUUUUCCUUUUGUUUAUAUUAGUACAAACGCAUAUGACAAUUAAUUACGACAAAAUACCAAUGGAGAUUUGGGAAAUAAUUUUCCUAAAAUUACCGUAUCGAGCUAGACUUCAGUGACAAUUUGUUUGUAAAGCAUGGUAUUUACCUGCAUGUUGCUCACUUUAGCAUUGAUUCGCUAUCGAAAUUUAAUAAGCUACUUUUUAUCAAAUUUCAGCCUAGAAACAUCUAGAUCCGUCAAACAACUCACUAUCGGUGGCUCAGAUUUUGUUUCUUCAUUUUUAUUAACUGCUGGAGGAGUACAGAUGAUAGAACCAGAAGCAUUUCCAGACCUUGUUUUCAUGGUUUCCUAAUGUAGAAGAAUUUAAAUUUCCUGAUACACUGGCAGGUCUAGAGUCCUUUCAUGCAAACGCGAUAAAGACUAUGAUUCAAAAAUGGCCUAAAAUGAAAAAAAAAAGAAUUUCC